AUGGAGCGCAAGGUUUGUGUGACUGGAGGUGCUGGUUACAUUGGUUCAAACCUGGUUCGUGCACUUCUACAAAAUGGUUACAUUGUCCAUGCAACUCUAAGAAACCUAGGUGAGGAAUCCAAGGUGGGACUUUUAAAGGGUUUCCCAGGUGCAGAAGAAAGGCUUCAUUUGUUUGAAGCUGAUAUAUACAAACCACAAGAGUUUGAAAAGGCAAUACAAGGAUGUGUCUUUGUUUUCCAUGUUGCAACCCCUUUGUUUCACACCACAGGGUAUAAGUAUAACGACGUGGUUGAGGCAACAGUUGGUGCAGCAAAGACGAUCACAAAUGCUUGCAUAAAUUCGGGAACAGUGAAGCGGCUCAUCUACACCUCUUCUGUUGUUGCAGCUUCGCCUUUGAAAUAUGAUGGGAGUGGUUAUAAAAUCACCAUUGAUGAAAGUUGUUGGACACCACUUCAUCUCAGUGUCCCGUUUGCGGGUGAUUCCGUGCAGAACUACACACCAGCAAAAACAAAAUCAGAGCAAGAACUGUUGAAAAUCUUGGAACAAAAGCCAAAUGGGUUAGAGGUGGUGACAUUAGGUCUUGGGCUGGUUGGUGGCGGAGUCCCUUCAACAACUACACUGGUGAUUGUAUCACCAAUAACCAAUAAUGUGAUAAGGUACCAAGAACAAAGGUACUUAGAAGCAUUGCUAGGAAAGGUCCCCAUCAUACACAUUGAAGACGCUUGUCGAGCUCAUAUCUUUUGCGCAGAAACGCCAUCAUUAAAAGGGAGGUUCUUAUGUGCUAGUUCGUUUGUUUCAUGUGCCGAAAUCGCCAAAUACUAUCAAAAAGCCUAUCCACAACUGAACCAUGAAUACUUGGAAGAACAUGGGAAAGAAGUCAAAUGGGGAUCCAGAAAACUUGAAGAUAAAGGUUUUUCUUACAAAUAUAGUAUGGAGAUGAUCUUAGAUGAUUGUCUUGAAUGUGCCAAGAGAUCAGGCAUUGUCUAGCAAUAAUUACUUUUAAACUGUAUGGUGUUUGUUCAAUAAAGAUUCAUGCAUUUGAAAUUCGUUUGUUGAAUAUAUCUUCCACAAGAAGAUACCUUUUCCGACG